GCGGUGUAAGCCGAAGCACUCCAUCAAUUUAAGUCAAGAUAAUAAAAGACAUUGGUUUAUCAAUAACAAACCUCUUAUAGCAUCGCAGAAUACGAGUUUAGUCAUUCUCUACAUCUGUGAGCGCCAUGUUGGUCCAGAUGAAUUAUAAAUUAGUGCCAAUAAUAUUUUUUAUCCUUCAACAUGUAGACGGAUCUGCUAGGAUCGAUCCUUUGGUGGAUACGAAAGUCGGACUCAUUAGAGGACUCAGAGCGGCAAAUGGAGAGUAUUCUAUGUUUAUGGGGAUACCCUACGCCACUGUUAAUAGUGAAAAUCCAUUCGGACCAUCCAUACCCCAUCCAGGAUUUAAUGACACAUUCGAGGCAUUUGAUGACUCUGCCAUAUGUCCUCAAAUAGAAGAGUUCCAUAAAACCAUAACAGGAAACCUGGAUUGUCUUCAUUUGAACAUAUACGUCCCUAAUUCUGCCACGUCUAAAAACCGCUUGCCAGUCUUGGUUUGGAUUUAUGGCGGCGGCUUCUCUAUAGGCUUUUCAGGUCGCUACCUUUACGGACCACGAUACUUAAUCAGACAUGACAUUAUUUUGGUCACAAUAAACUACCGCCUUGGCCCGUAUGGUUUCAUGUGCUUAGACAUGCCUGAAGUUCCCGGUAACCAAGGAUUGAAAGACCAACAAUUAGCAUUGAAGUGGAUUAAAAAUAACAUUGAGUCAUUUGGUGGUGAUGUUAAUGAAAUAACAAUAUUUGGUGAAAGUGCAGGAAGUGCUUCUGUCGAUUUUCAUUUGCAUUACAGUAAUGAAAAGCUGUUUGAUAAAAUUAUCUUGCAGAGUGGGUCAAUUAUUGGCCCUUGGGUUAUAACCGAGCCGGAUAGGGCUGCCCCAUUGAAACUCGCUGCAUAUCUCGGUUUCGCAACGGAGGACACUGCCGAAGCUUUAUCAUUUCUUUCGUCAGUCGACACUAAUUUAAUUAUUGCCGCAACAUCUGACUUGAGUCUCUCGUUUGGUGCUUGCGUUGAACAAGAGUAUGAAAAUGUUGAUAGAUUUAUUACAGAAAAUCCAAUAAAUAUAAAUGUACCGAGAGCAAAGAAUACCCCUAUUCUCAUUGGUUAUAAUAACGAUGAGUGGUUGGCAAAUAAUGUGAAUAAAGAACCAGAAUACUUUGAUGGUUUAAAUAUUUUCCGAGAUAAUUUAGCGAAUUAUUUUUCCUUUGAUAAUGAAGAACUGCAGGAAAUGGAACAAAUUGUGCGACAUUUUUAUAAUGGCGAUGAACCGCUUGAUGUGAACGCUAAACGGAAUUUUAUUAACUUUGAAUCUGAUUUUUAUUUCAAUCAUCCAACGGAAAGGACCAUAAGCCGAUAUUUAGACAGUGGAGCUACAAAUGUAUUUUAUUAUGUUUUUUCAUAUGUUGGUGGACGAAACUUCGUAAAGGAUCGACACAAUAUAACGGUGGGUGGGGCAGCACAUGCUGAUGAAAUUGGCUAUUUGUUUGAUAUAUCUUACAUGACUGAAGAAUCGACACUCGAGGAUCAACUCAUUAUUGAUCGGAUGACUACGCUUUGGACAAAUUUUGUUAAAUACGGAAAUCCGACCGUUGAAACUUCCGACAUAAUACCUGUUAUAUGGCCACCGGUUACAGAAAACAAAAGGCAUUACUUGGACAUAGACACUGACAUGAAAGUAAAACAAAGACCUUUUAGCAACAGAAUGGCGUUUUGGGACUUAUUCUAUAAACUUAAUUAUAAGUAUGUAAACGGAUAUAGAGAAAAUUUAAUAAGACAACCCAUGUGUGAAAAUUGUUCAUAAACAAAUACCGUAGUCUAGAGAUUAUAAAAUAAAAUGAAAAUGCAUAUGAAAAUAUAAAUAAUACCUAUUUUCUAUCAAUACAAGCCUUAGAAAUCCUAUAACCUAUAUCAACGCUUUAAUAUGACCUAGAAGAGUGUUCACACCAUGAAGACAAUUGUUUCCGAAGUUAUCACGUACUUGCUAAGUGUCUCAUUAUAAAAAUAUAACUUUCACAUACCACCGCUGUCUAAAUUUGCUUGUCUUAAGUAUUUAGGAUGCUAAAUGGUAUCGUUUGUGACCCAUGUAAUCAUUCAUCAUUAUAAUAACAAAUGAUUUGAUUUUGUUCAGAUUAUAAUUAAUAUGACUUUAAAGAAACUAAAUGUUAAGUAACUUUGAGAUUUUACUUGUAGAUAAAAUCGUGCCAUGAAAUUUGUAUAAUUCAAAUAAUUUAAAAAUAACAAUUGUAUAACACUAUUUGAUGGAUUUCACUAUCAUUCUCAUGGAGAAAAAACUAAACUACAAAUUAUUUAAUAUUAAUUAACAGUUAUCCUCCACAAUAUAUCUACUAUAACAAUGUAUGCCUCAAUAAUCAUUCAUGGCGUCUAAACCUAGUACCACUCUGACUGUGCCUUAAGAAAAACAAAUUGCAUACCUUAACGCCAUAUAUUUUGGCAUCGAUGAUUCAUAAUCAUAUUGGAGACGAUCAUGGUCUCCAUAAUUAUGUAUGGAGUGUGUUGUAAUUAUAUUUGAACCGUGUUCGCAACGACUAAAACUCUAGGUUUGGAGGAUAUAAAAUACCUCUUAGGAAAUACUGACGUGUUUCCGGGUAUCUAUUAUAUAGGAUAUGAUUGGUCAAUUCUCAUGUUUAUUAAUGGCCACAUUGAUAAUUAUAAAUAAUGAGUUCAGUACCAAAUUCAUUUAAAUAUGCAAUUUGAAUUAGUUACGCAAUUGAGCACAAUUUAUGCCUUUUUUAAUGAAGAAGGUAUAUAUUCCAACAAGAAAGUUAUAUUUUUGAGUAGUUUAUUAAUUUCUUAUAUAACAUACAAAAUACAUUGAGCAAUACUAAAACUAAAAUAUUUUGUGAUUGUUGUGACAAUGAACAACAUUCAAUGUGGAGUUACAAGUCUAUUAAACGUGUCCAGUUCA